GCAAGCAGACUAACCUCUACGUGGUCAUGCACCUGAUUGCUUCGGCGCGAUACUGCCUGAUGAAUGCGCACAAGAUCUUUUUCUUCGUGAUAGGUUCCAAUCUGGCGAUCAGUCUCUUGAUGGUGUUGAAUGCGCUGUUUCUGUUUCCCCCCGUACUGACUGGAGUUGAUAUCCUGUGGCUGACUUUGAUACAAUUUCCUUUGGCGACCAUUCCUAUCUGGGGCUCACGAGUGGGAUCAGUAAUGCACCUCAUGCCGGACAAGAACAAUCGUGUGUUGAAG